AUCAUUCAUAUUUCAUCCGAUAGGGCAAAUGGAUACCCAGGGCUGAGUGAACACAAACUUCAUGUAUGUACUUGAGAAGGCAAAAUACAGCAUCUUCUACCUUGAAGACGCUUGAUAUUCAAUGUGCAAGAGAGACAAGUUCCCUUCUCCUAUGGUGUUUUCCUUCUGGUGGAGAAUGUAGACAAUUAACAGUAUAUGGUGAAGACUGCCAAGGACAACAACUACUGGUUUAGAGCUGCUCUGUGGAGAUGUGAAUGCCACUGCUAUUGGGCACAUGCAGCAGGACUCACCCCUUCUGUGGGCACAGGAUCCUAUCACUAGAACCACCACCACUGCUGCGUCUGGAAGCGGAGGUGUCUGCUACCAACGUGGCUGAAUUCUGCAAGGAUUCACUCAACAUGAGGCCCUCCUUGCAGGCAGUGGCGCUCUGGGGAAAGAAGGCCCCUCUGCACAGCAUCACUGCAAUCAUGAUCACCGAUGACCAGCAAACAAUGGUGACUGGAAGCCAAGAGGGGCAGCUCUGUCUCUGGACUCUCUCACCUGAACUAAAGAUUUCGGCUAAAGAACUUCUAUUUGGUCAUUCGGCUUCAGUAACAUGUUUGGCAAGAGCGAGGGACUUCUCUAAACAGCCCUAUGUCGUUAGUGCUGCUGAAAAUGGGGAGAUGUGUGUUUGGAAUGUCACCAACGGACAGUGUGUGGAGAAGGCCACCCUUCCUUACAGGCACACGGCAAUCUGUUAUUAUCACUGCUCGUUCCGGAUGACAGGAGAAGGCUGGCUUCUGUGUUGUGGAGAAUAUCAAGACGUUCUUAUAAUUGAUGCCAAAACUUUGGCUGUUGUUCACACUUUUACAUCAUCUCAGUCUCCUGACUGGAUUAACUGCAUGUGCAUUGUCCACUCCAUGAGAAUACAAGAAGAUUCUCUCUUGGUGGUAUCAGUAACUGGUGAACUCAAAGUGUGGGAUCUCUCUUCAUCUAUCAACAGCAUUCAGGAAAAGCAAGAUGUCUAUGAAAAGGAAUCCAAAUCUCUCGACUCCCUGAACUGCCGGACAAUACGAUUUUGCACGUAUACAGAGAGACUUCUAUUGGUGGUAUUUUCUAGGUGUUGGAAGGUUUAUGAUUAUUGUGAUUUUUCCCUUCUGCGGACAGAAGUUAGUAGCAGUGGGCAGUUCUUUGCUGGUGGAGAGGUGCUUGCUGCUCACAGAAUCAUCAUCUGGACAGAAGAUGGUCACAGUUAUAUCUAUCAGCUGCUGAACAGGUGGGCUCAGAUGGGAGCGGCAUACAAAACACUCAGUGGGCUUUCAAAAAGCAUAUACCCUGCUGAUGGAAGAGUGCUUAAAGAGACCAUUUAUCCUCAUUUACUGUGCUCUACUUCUGUGCAAGAAAAUAAGAGCAAUCCCUUUGUUAUGGGCUACAUGAAUGAAAGGAAAGAGCCUUUUUAUAAGGUACUUUUCUCUGGAGAAGUCUCAGGAAGAAUUACUUUGUGGCACAUCCCUGAUGUUCCUGUAUCCAAGUUUGAUGGUUCUCCUAGAGAGAUACCAAUAACUACUACCUGGACCCUUCAAGAUAAUUUUGAUAAGCAUCAUACCAUGUCACAAAGUAUUAUUGAUCACUUCUCUGGAUUUAAAGAUGAGACUGGAACUGCGGUAGUCACUUCAUCAGAGUAUGUUCCAAGUCUUGAUAAACUAAUAUGUGGCUGUGAAGAUGGGACAAUUUUCAUUACACAGGCUUUGAAUGCUGCCAAAGCAGGACUUCUAGAAGGCGGUUCUUUAUUAAAAGAUUCCCUUCCUCACAAAGUUCUCAAAGGCCAUCACCAAAGUGUUACUUCUUUACUUUAUCCACAUGGUCUCUCUUCAAAAUUAGACCAAAGUUGGUUAGUGUCCGGGGACCGGGACUCAAGUGUCAUUUUGUGGAAUAUCUUUACGGAAGAAAUUUUGCAUAAAUUCUUUUUGGAAGCUGGUCCAGUAACAAGUCUUUUGAUGUCACCAGAGAACUUCAGACUAAGAAGUGAUCAGGUAAUUUGCUGUGUGUGCAGUGACCACUCCGUGACUCUCCUUCACCUCGAGGGGAAGAACUGCCUCCUGCGUGCCCGGAAACACCUUUUCCCUGUGAAGAUGAUAAAAUGGCACCCGGUUGAGAAUUUUUUAAUCGUUGGAUGUGCAGAUGACUCUGUUUACAUCUGGGAAAUUGAAACAGGCACUUUGGAAAGACAUGAAAUGGGAGAAAGAGCAAGAAUUAUUCUUAAUUGUUGUGAUGAUUCGCAGCUUCUAAAGCCUGAAUCUGUACUUCCAGUUGCCUCAGAGACACAUAAGCACAAAAGUAUAGAACAGAAAUCCUCCAGCUCCUGCCAGUUUGGGCCAAUACCUUGCCCUGGUCUGCAUGUGGAGUCUUCAUGCAAGGUUACUGAUGCCAAGUCUUUCUCAGGACCUUUUAAUGUCUUGCCCGUGAAGACAAAAUGGAGUAACAUUGGAUUUCAUAUCCUUCUGUUUGAUCUGGAAAACCUUGUUGAACUUUUGCUGCCAACUCCAAUCUGUGACGUUGACCCCUCCAAUUCGUUUUAUGGUAGUGAGAUUCUGAGAAGGGCCAAAAGCACAGUAGAGAAGAAAACAUUGACGCUGAAAAGAAAUAAAACUGCCUCUGGUCCUCUCCCAGCGGAGGCACAAGCCAAGCCUGUUAGUGAAAGCCCAGCCCAAGGAGAUAAUACCAUCAAAUUCUUAGAAGAAAACGAUGGCAUUAAAAGGCAAAAGAAAAUGAAGUGCUCCAAAAAGAUGCACCCUAAGCCAUCAAGAAAAGUCGAUGCCAACCUCAUAAUAGACACAGCUAAAUUGCUCCUAUCUUGCCUUUUACCAUGGGGAGUGGAUAAAGAAUUAGAUAAUCUCUGCAUUAAGCAUCUCAAUAUUUUAAAGCUUCAGGGUCCCGUUUCUUUAGGACUUGCUUCAAGUGAAGAUCACUUCUCAUUGAUGCUGCCAGGUUGGGAUUUAUGCAAUGCUGAAAUGAAAAAAGACUAUUCAAAAGUAAAUUUAUUUUCCAGUAAAGUUUUGGACUUGUCAAAUAAAUACACAUCCACUCUUCCAAAUCAGGCUAGGAUGCCAGGAGGACUGGAAAAUAAUUGUGAUUCUUUGCAAGAGUCAAACACUAUAGUUUAUUUAUUGAGCAGACUAUUUUUAGUUAAUAAAUUAGUUAACAUGCCUUUAGAAUUGACAUGUGGAAUUGACAGUUCUUUCAAAAUGGAAUCUGUGCAUAACAAGGUGAAAAGUUCUGGAAAUGAUAUUUUGAAUAUUUCAAGCUUCUACGGUUACUUACGAAAUGGUAAGAAUGAAUCCCAUACACCUGAAGCUGAUGUUUCACUUUUGAAGCUAAUUUCCUGUUGGAGAGACCAGUCUGUGCAGGUAACUGAAGCAAUACAAGCUGUUCUCUUGGCGGAAGUUCAGCAGCACAUGAAGACCUUGAGAAAGGCACCGAUCAACAGUCAACCAGAGUCCGUGACAGAGAAUGGUAACUGUGAGAUGAUGCAGAUCCUGCCAAAGAUGGAAUGGGCUGAGGAGCUAGACUUACAGUGUGUUACAGACAUUUUGCCUCUGCAAACUCCAGUCAGUCUGGUCAAGCAUGACAGCAACUCAAACUCGGCAAACUUCCAAGACACCGAGGACAUGCCUGACAGAUGUGUCUUCGAAGAGUCUGAGAGUCCAGGUGGAAUUGUCGUGGGAUUCAAAUAUAAGAUAGUCUCUCUGAUUGAUACAAACAAAAGGAUAUAUCAACACAGAAAGAUUAAUUAGCAAAUAUAGGUGCUGAUAAAGAAUCUUAACUUAAAAAGUGAGUACUGUUCUAUACAUCGGACAUCAUUAAACUGGUAAUAAAGAAUGAAUUACUCUGGCUUUUCCUCUGUCCAUUCCUGCAUUUUAAGACGUCUUGCCUUAUAGGCCUAGAAACCUCUAGAGAGUUCACUACUGGUCUCACUGCCUUCCACUGAGAAUUUGUGGCUUGGUUGUCAUGGAGACAUCGUAUUUCUCCAAGAAUUGCUCAUAUUGAUCCGUGGCCAGGCGUAAAUGGCCAAGCGAGUGUGAGGAAUAAAGGGGGCUGGGCAGUCCUAUAAAAUGACCAGGGCUUGUGGGUUGGAAAUAAGCUCAUAGCACACACUUAGGUAAAAAGAAAGAAGCAGUUUUAUUUUGUUUCAGGAUUUCUUUCUGCACUUUGGGCCAUUGUCUUCUUUCGCUAUGAACUGAAAGAAACUUGUUAGUCACUUGUCAUGUCAGAUCUUUGGUGCUUGUCCUGACACAGCUGUCAGCCUUCCAGCUCUGUGCAGUUCAGGGACACACAACAAAGAGGCAGUGACAUGAAUUAUUUAUUGCUCCUUGUGUGGAUAAAAUGCUGUGAUAAGAAAUUAAGACACUUCUGACAGGGGUGCUUGUUUACUAAGAAAGAUUUUGAUGAUAGAGUGCAUUUCCUUGAAGUAUGAGCAUUUGAGAGGCAAAAUUCUUAAAACUGAACAUGAAGGAAGAUUUGUGAAAUUGGUGGCAUAGAGAGACUUUCUUGAACUGUGAAAAGAUGACUGUCCACUUCUCAGUGUCCAAAAAUUAACUUCAAAAUAUCAAGUCGUUGAAAUGCAGGGGCUCCAAAACUAUAAACAUUACUUUAUAUGGUGAUUGAGUUACCUCUAUUUACCAGGUAUGAGUGGUGUUUCUCUGGAAUGUAGGUUUAACCACCUUUGUUGGAAGAAAAAACAAAAUUGGGGAUUUUAAAGUGAUAAGCUUUGGGAAGAUGUCUUCAAACCAACAGAGGUGCUUCGGUAGCUAAGCUUAUAAUUGCAUUACAGUCAUGCGUCACUUGACACAAUGACAGGGCUGAGAAAUGCAUCGUUAGGCGAUUUUGUCGUGCAAACAUCAUAGAGUAAUUACACAAACCUAGUUGUUAUAGCCUUCUACACACCUAGGCUAUAUGGUACUAAUCUUAUGGGACCACAAUUGCGUAUGCGAUUCGUCGUUGAUGGAAACGUCGUUAUACAAUGUGUGACUAUAGUAUAUUCGUUAUUCCUUGUAUGGAAAGGAGUGCAUUUAAAUCUGAAUGCAUCGUUCUUACCAUUUUCACCUGGAAUAUUUAUCACUCAUUUAAAAUUCCAUUUAACAUUUUCAUGUACAUGCAAAAUCCCCCAGUUACAAAGUUGAAUGCGGUCAGUCUUCUAGCUUUAAUGGAUAUUGACCUUACAUGGUUUUAUCUAUUCAAUUCUAAAUGACUAAUAUAUUUAUUACAUCAUUUUUAAUGAAUAGACCAGUUGUUCAAACAGCAUGUAGAAAAUGAAAACAAAAAAUCAUUUUCCCAUCCAAGCACAGUUCAAGAAUGUUGCCUCAUAUAUUGUUCUUUCCAAAGUCUUUUCUUUACACAUCCUCUAAACAUCAUUUUAAUUUAGCUCUUAUGGCUUCAUAUUGCUAAUACCAGCUCAUUUGCAUAUGCAGAAAGCACAGAAAAACUAAAAUAGUUUUUGUGUGUGUGUGAGGAAGAUCAGCCCUGAGCUAACAUCCGUUGCCAAUCCUGCUCUUUUUGCUGAGGAAGACUGGCCCUGGGCUAACAUCCAUGCCCAUCUUUCUUUACUUUAUAUGGGACGCCGCCACAGCAUGGCUUGACAAGCGGUGCGUUGGUGCACGCCUGGGAUCCGAACCUGCCAACCCCAGGCCGCCGAAGCAGAGCACGUGCACUUACCCGCUUGUGCCACCAGGCCGGCCCCUAAAAUAGCUUUUUUUGAAGGUGAAGUUGAAGUUUUUAAAACAUUGAUAGAACAUUUUAAAUGUCAUUAAUAAAAUCAAGUUUUUAGAAUAUAUAUAAAAUGGUAAGAUUGACUUUGUGAAUUGAUUAUCUUUGAAUACAAUGGGUUUUGAACUCAGUCUGUUUGAACUUAUUUUUCCAUUGACAUCACUGCUUCUCCAGCACUGAAUUGACUAGGAUGACCCAUUUGUAAAUGGGCUGGCAUGUGCAUAUAGGUCACAAUUUAGAUGCCUAGUGAAGUGGUCAUUCACCUGGUCUCUAGAGUGCUCUAUCCGAUUCAUCAUGCCAUCGUGAUCUCUUUAUUGGUUCAAGCCGUAUACCCAGGUGAGUGCCUAUAGUCCAUUAAGGUUGGCAAAGCAACUUUAGACCAGAGCAUUCUUGUUACUCUGACCCUGCUAGUGAACCUGGAGGUCUUGUCUGAUAGGUUAAGUCUCCCUCAGCAGUGUCUUUUCUUUGGAAUAAUUCAUUAGCAAAGAGUUUUGACUCACAGGUGAAUCCCAGAUUGAAGUUUCUGACUUAGACUCUGUGAAGUCUACUUGCUUCUUCACUGGCAUUUAUACAUUCCUGUAACCUGUGGGAAUAGCGUUGCUGUCUAGUAAUAGAAUCACUGAGACAACAUCGUGAACUUGCAGCUCCCUUUUUUGAGAUUUUAGGGCCACUAGGCUUUCUUUCUUUGGCUUUUUAAGGCCUGGUUGCUUCUGAAUUUGAAAGAUGCUAUCACAAAAAUAGUUCAGUCUAGUCUUUUGCUGGUUAACUUCUUGUUAACCAUUUCAUGCACAGUGAUUAAAGCUCAAUUCCCAUUCUCCAGAAUAUGAUAAAAAGUAUUCUUUGCCCCUCACCUUUUUAUUUCUGAUGAUAAAAACUUAGUGUGACAUCACAAUUUUUGUCCAAGUGUUAAUGAGAGACUUUGAGCUUUUAUUACCCUAUUGGCUUGGAAAAUUAAGAAUUGUACUUCCUAGUGCACUAGGG